GAGAAGGUGAUCAAUCUCCAUCCGUCUACAUUAGCAAUCACCUUAAACUAGUGACAGACACGAACGAGAAAGCCAAAGCAAAUGAGUUUAAUGUAUUUGGUUUUAAACCCCGGGAACACACUCUGAAUAGACUACAAGAAGUCCAGCUAAAGGCCGGACACGUGCGCCAUAUCAACAUUGCUGCGUAUCUGCAGUUUUGAGGAGAGUUUUAGACGACAUUUAUUUGGUGAGGUUCCUCGGUCGAUUCGUCUUCCUCAACUCUUCCAUUGGUGGAUAUUUUUUAUCGGCUGGUCAGACUACAAAAAAUCAGGAGGAGAAGGACGGAGGGUUCUGAAAAAGUAACUUAAAUUGGGUCCGUCCUUCGUCAAACUGCAACAUCGGGGGAAAUCGAACUAUUGGCAAGAUCUGGGGGGACCCGUGACUGCCUCUAGCAUGAUGUCAUACCUCAAACAGCCCCCCUACGCCAUGAACGGCCUGGGGCUGAGCGGCGCAGCCAUGGACCUACUGCACCCGUCCGUCGGAUACCCAGCAACGCCCAGAAAGCAGCGGCGGGAAAGAACGACAUUUACGCGCUCACAGCUUGACAUUCUCGAAGCGCUCUUUGCCAAAACUCGUUACCCGGACAUUUUUAUGAGAGAGGAGGUGGCGCUGAAGAUCAACCUUCCCGAGUCCAGAGUUCAGGUGUGGUUUAAGAAUCGUCGCGCUAAAUGUCGUCAGCAGCAGCAGAGUGGCAGCAGCACUAAAGCUCGGCCCGCAAAGAAGAAAUCCUCACCCACCCGGGAGAGCACGGGCUCGGAGAGCAGCGGCCAGUUCACCCCUCCCGCAGUCUCCAGCGCUGGCUCUUCCUCCUCCUCCUCUUCCUCGACCAAUAACACAGGCAUCAGUAGCACCUCUACCUCUAUCAGUACUGUCUCCUCAAUCUGGAGCCCUGCCAUUUCUCCAGGCUCCGCACCCCCGUCCGUCUCCCUGCCGGAGCCCGUGGCUCCCUCAAACGCCUCCUGCAUGCAGCGUUCCGUCUCAGGCACGGCCGGCUCCUCCUACCCCAUGCCCUACAACCAGACCACGGGCUACAGCCAGGGCUACCCGACUCCUUCCGGUUCGUACUUCAGCGGAGUGGACUGUGGCUCCUAUCUGGCCCCCAUGCACUCUCACCACCACCCUCAUCAGCUCAGCCCCAUGACGGCGUCGUCCAUGCCCACGCACCCCCACCACCACAUCAGUCAGUCCUCAGGACAUCACCACCACCAUCAUCACCAGGCCUACAGUGGCACCGGCCUGGCCUUCAAUUCUUCUGACUGCCUGGAUUACAAGGAGCAAACGGCCUCCUCCUGGAAGCUCAACUUCAACACUACAGACUGUUUGGACUACAAAGACCAAGCGUCCUGGAGGUUCCAAGUCUUGUGAUCUGAUUUUUUUUUUAAUGCCCUCCAUUUUCACCAUCUCUCUCUCUCUCUCUCUGUU